CCGUCGCGGUGCGGGGCCCCCCGCGGGGCUGAGGCGGGUGGCGGCCCCGCUCUCCCCGCACUGCGCGGGUCCCGCCGGCCCGGGGCCGGUUCCGGGCAGCGCCAGGAGCCCUCGGCGGCCCUGCACAAGCCCGGCCAUGCCGCCCGCCCGCGGCGGCGGUAAGGGGGCCGUGGUGCUGCAGUGCGAGUGGCAGCAGUGCUCCUUCGUGGCCGCGGAGAUGGAGCAGUUCUGCGGGCACGUGGCGCAGCACCUGCAGCAGCACCUGCCGGGCGAGCACCGCCACGAGAUGGACCCUCUGGAGGAAUACACGUGCCUGUGGCAGGACUGUGGCUUCUGCUCCCCGGAGAGCUCGGCCGACCUGGUGCGCCACGUCUACUUCCACUGCUACCACACCAAGCUCAAGCAGUGGGGGCUGAGGGCCCUGCAGAGCCAGGCAGAUGUCAGCCACUGCCAGCUGGACUUCCAGAGCAGGAAUAUCAUCCCUGAGAUCCAGGAGAACUUCCUGUGCCUCUGGGAGUACUGUGAGAGGUCGUUUGACAACCCUGAGUGGUUCUACCGGCACGUGGAGGAUCACAGCUUCUGCUCCGAGUACAAGGCAGCAGGGAAGGAGAACCACGUGGUGCUCUGUGGCUGGAAAGACUGCAGCUGCAGCUUCAAGGGCCGCUGCAAGCUGCGGGAGCACCUGCGCAGCCACACGCAGGAGAAGGUGGUGGCCUGUCCCACCUGUGGGGGCAUGUUUGCCAACAACACCAAGUUCUUCGACCACAUCCGCCGCCAGACCGCCCUGGACCAGCAGAGGUUCCAGUGCUCCCACUGCUCCAAGAGGUUUGCCACAGAGCGGCUGCUCCGCGACCACAUGCGGAACCACGUGAACCACUACAAGUGCCCCCUGUGUGACAUGACCUGCCCGCUGCCCUCCUCGCUGCGCAACCACAUCCGCUUCCGGCACAGCGAGGAGCGUCCCUUCAAGUGUGACUACUGUGACUACAGCUGCAAGAACCUCAUUGACCUGCGGAAGCACCUGGACACGCACAGCAAGGAGCCGGCGUAUCGCUGCGAGUUCCAGGCCUGCAGCUUCUCUGCACGGUCCCUCUGCUCCAUCAAACUGCACUACAGGAAAGUCCAUGAGGGUGACUCCGAGCCCCGCUACAAGUGCCACGUGUGUGACAAGUGCUUCACACGGGGGAACAACCUCACUGUGCACCUCAGGAAGAAGCACCAGUUCAAAUGGCCCUCAGGACAUCCUCGCUUCAGGUACAGGGAGCACGAGGACGGCUACAUGAGGCUGCAGCUGGUGCGCUACGAGAGCGUGGAGCUGACAGAGCAGCUGCUCAAGGACAGGGAGGAGAGUGGGGAGGCUCUGGGUGCCUCCAGCGAGUGCCUGCUGCUGCCUGAGGGCGAGGGCAACCUGCAGGGCAUCCUCCUGGAGCCACCAGCAAACCCUGCCCUGGCAGAGAGCAGGAUCUCUGAGCUGCCUGUGCCCCCAGCCCUGUGCUCUGCUCCCAGCCCUGAGCCAGCACGGCCAAGCCCCUGCCCAGGAGCUUCUUCCUCCUCCUCCUCCUCUUCCUCCUCCUCCUCCUCCUCGGCAGGAGGCAGCAGCACGAGCAACCCCAUCAUCCGUGUGGUGAGCAGGACCAACGAGCAGGGCCAGAGUGAGACUGUGUACUAUGUGAUGGCCUCAGAGGGGCAGGGCACAGCCCCCCUGCCUGGGGAGCUGGAGGAGAACGUCAUGGACAGGCUGCAGAAAACUGCUGAGGAGCUGGGCAUCCACAUUGUCUGAGGAGGAGAGCUUAAAUCCUUGGGAUGUGCUGGUGGAGGAGUGCUUGGGGACAGGGCUGGGCUUGUCUUCAGCCCAGCCCCGCUGGCUGCUGGUUCUGGUCAGCAUGGGGAGAGGGGAGGGACAGAUCUGCCAGGUGUGAAUUGAGGGCUCUGAGCUGUCUGCCUCCUCCUUUUGGGGACUAGGGCCUCUCCCACCCUUCUGGGAGCUUUGGCCUAGGCCUGGCAGGGUGGAGUGGUCACCAGCUGUCCCCUGAGCUGAUCCCCAGGCAGGAUGGUGUGUGGAGCACACACUGGUGCUGAAGCCUCUUCCCUGGGAGCAUGUGUGGCCCUUGGCAGGCCUGUCCUGCCCCAUCCAUGCCUUCCCCAGGGGCUGUCAUGCCUUCAUCAGCACUUGUGCACACAUUUCCUGUCUCACCUGGUGGUGUUUGCCUCCCUGAUCCCAUACCCAGCACUGGUCUCUGGGAGGACACUGCUGGAGGUGCUGUCCUUGCAGACCAGUGCAGCACUGGGACAUGUUGAGCUUUUUGCUGCUUUUGGCAUCCCCUGGCUGCCCUCCCCACAUUGGGGUUUGGGCUCCUGGGUGGGCAAAGUGUAAUUUGGCAAGACAAAUAAACAUCAGGCUGCCAGGCCCA